UACACUUCCUAAUAGUAGAAACAGUAUAGUAGCUUGUCAAACCAAAAUCAGGCAACACUUAAAUCUCGCGAACGCGUUGUGCUGUCUGCUGUAACCGCGAGUGUCACAAUAAAAAAAAUCGCAAAAACUGAAUGAUUAUUGUGUGAAAUAAACAUUUAUUGUUAAUUUUCAAGUUCUGUACAGUGUUAAAUGUUUGAUGGAAGCCUAUUUGCGAGCCGCUGAUGCUUUAAUAAGGAGAUACAGAUCAACAGCAGCCAACCACACGCCGCUACACAACAAAUGGAUUAGCCUUAUAUUAUAAUAUAAGCCAAUCAUAUUUAGCCUAAGCAUAACCAUGACUCGUCAUAUAGUCACCGUUUGUAUGUUCUGCCUGCUCUGCGCAGCCCAUUCCUGUGGCUCACACAUAGACAUACAAAGCAACGGAAUCCUCACAUACGAUGCGAGCAUCAACGAACCAGAUCACUUAAAUAUAGACUUAGAAGAAAACGGUCUGCCCGAUACCAUCAGAAAUUGCAGAAAAUUAGACAGGGAGGUCCAAAAGGGAGGUAAAGUUGACCCUGAUACAUAUGUACAGCAGAUCUUUAGGCUUUAUGGUGAUGCUGAGCAUAUGACGAUGAAUUUGACCGGGUUCAAUAAGAUGUUGGUCGAGUUGGACCUGCAUGAGCUGGUGGAAGGAGGGCAGAAGAGUGAGAGUACCGGUAGGGGGCUGUACCCCGGAGACCAUGCGCAAGAUGCUAAAAUGAUCAAAAUUCUCUCUUUCCAGUGUAUGAACAGCUCAGAACUAAUCACAACAGUGAACACUAGGUUAAAACCGCCACAUGACCACGCUCACGAACACACCGACCACCACAUGCACGAAGCUGAUGAGAUCAUCACGGAAUCCACUCUUCAGACCAUGUGCCCCAUACUCCUGUACCAAAAACUAGCCAGCACUUCCAUAGAAAGAACUGGAUGUGUCAAAGAAACUAGGAUAGGCAGAAGAACAGAUGUAGCUCCUAAACGUGCCCACAGAAAUGGCGUACUCCAAAAUAUGUAUGCCGUAUGGCUGUACUCAUCGUUGUGUAUUGCAAUCAGUGCUUGCGGUCUUCUCGGAGUAGCCGUGAUCCCAAUUAUGCAUAAGACUUAUUACAAUCAUCUACUGCAGUUUCUAGUAGCUUUAGCUGUUGGUACACUAUGCGGUGAUGCGUUACUACAUCUCAUGCCUCAUGCAAUGAGUCCUGCUCAUGACCACGACAGCCAUGGGGAAACAGAACUCGAAAUUCGAGCGUCCCACGACGAUGGAAUGUGGAAGGGACUUGCGGCUAUGUUAGGUGUGGUCUUCUUCUACUUCACGGAAAAGGGUUUAACAGUCGUAGUAGAGUGGAGGAAACGUCGCCAAAAGCUGGAGGAAGACAAACUCCCAAGAGUCCGUGUCCUAAAAGACGAGACUGUAGGAGGCUGUUCAGGAGGCGCUAAAGCCCCAAUUACAAACUCCACCUCAAAUUCUCUCAUGAAAAUCUUCAAGCGAGGAAAAGGGGAUCCUACAACAAAGACUUGCAAGCACAAGUACUCUGAAUACCCCUACUGUUAUGACGAAAUUGAUACUGAUACGCAUGAUGACCAUCACUUGAGGGACGGUAUACCGCCUAGUCCUAAACAUGGGAAGAAACACAACAACUCAGUGAGUGUGGUUUCUUCAAAUGCCCUGAACGCGGAAGGUAAGGAGGAGCCUACAGCGAAGGACUGGCUGUUGAAGGCAGAGUCGACUCCAGCGGUUGUGGAGAUGAAUAAUAUUAAGCAUAAAGAGGAGGGAAAGGAUCUGAAGGAUGGUGAUAGUUAUACUGUUAUAUUGAGCACUCGCGCCCACCACGGGCACUCUCACGCGCACGGCCAUGUGCACGCGCCGCCCUCGUCCAUCGCGUCCGUCGCCUGGAUGGUCAUCAUGGGAGACGGACUGCACAACUUCACUGAUGGCAUGGCUAUAGGUGCCGCGUUCGCUUCGAACAUAGCGGGCGGUUUCUCAACAGCCAUCGCGGUGUUGUGCCACGAGCUGCCUCAUGAAUUGGGUGACUUCGCAGUCCUCCUAAAAGCGGGUAUGUCAGUCAAACGGGCAGUUUGUUACAACAUACUCUCAUGGUUGUGUCUUCUCGGCAUGGUAUGCGGCGUCCUAGCCGGCCACGCGCCGUCGGCUACUCGCUGGCUGUUUGCCGCCGCUGCCGGCAUGUUCCUGUAUAUUGCGCUCGUUGAUAUGAUGCCAGAGUUAAGUACAUCGCACAGCAAAGAGGGUACUCUCUGCCAGUGCAUACUGCAGCUGAUGGGGCUUGCUACCGGCAUUGGCAUAAUGCUGGUCAUUGCCCUCUACGAGCACGACCUCAAAACGCUAUUCGGCUAAACUGCAGAAUAGCCUCCUGUCAAAAUAGGAAAAUCCUGUGCAAGAUAGUACCAACCUGUGCAAAAUAGUACCAACCUGUGCAAAAUAGUACCAACCUGUGCAAAUCAUGAAUUUUGUGAAAACGUUUAAACCAGUGAUAAGUGCCAAUGGGACAUGUUUAUCAAGUGUUAGUGGCUAUAAGCAAAACGGUUUAUGGUCUGUGACCAUAGUGUACAGAAUAUGACCAUAGUGUAAAAAGGGAAAAUGAGAAUUUUGCAAAAUGUAAUUGACGGUUAGAUCUCGAAUAUAAUUAAUUUUAUGUCGACGUUUUCUGGUGCUAUGUUUUGUCACCUGAUUUUGAGAUUUUUCGAAAAUACUUGUGAGCAUAUUUUUUGGAAUUUUCUCCAUUAGUGAAUUGCACCUUUUAUUUGUAAAAUUACACUGACUACUAGGAUAAAUAGUGGCCAAUACUUUUUGUAAAAUGUUCAAAAAUUAAUUUUGAUUUACUUGACUUGCUAAAAUAAAACCAAUGAAAGAAUUGUACAAUUUAAACUGAAAAAGAUUGGCCCCUUGUCUAUGGAAUUUAACUUUUAUUUUUAAUUAUAAAUAAUAAGUUAUGGUGUCUACUUAAAACAUGAUUUCAAGGUACUUAUAAAUAGUGUAAAUAAAAUUAAAUGAGAAAUAAAUAAAUUGUGAUAAAGCUAUACUUCGAAAUUUUCUUAAAAUAUUAUUAUUUUUAACACUCGAAUACUUUGUGAAACUGGUUGUAGAAUGUUUAAGUGAACAGUUAAAUUAAUUAAAUGGUUAAUAUAAACUACAUGCGUUUUUCGACUAAAUAUUAUUACUAAAAUAACUGUUGAACUAUGGAUUUCUUUGGAAUUUUAUUAACUAGUAUAUUCCACGCAUAGGACAUACAAAAAUAUUAAUAGACAUAAUACAUUUUUGACCAAAACCAACCUGCAAAUUGCAGCUUAUUAAAUCAAAUAAACAUGGAAAACACAUUACCCUUCUUGAAAGUUGGGUAAAACCAGUAUUUAAUUUUAAAUAUAAAAUUAUUAAUAUUACAUUGAAAACUAAAUUGUGGUUGUACGUACAUAAACCAUCCUACUAAUAUCAUAAUAUUCAUAAUGCGGAUAAAAAUAGCCUUCGUUAAAUAUUUUCUAAAUCAGACUUACUGAUCCGUUCUUGAGAUUAGUGCAAUCGAGCCAACAAACUCUUGAGCCUGAUAAAGUCAGUUUUUCAUACAUAACAUGUAAAUAUGAAUCUUCCUACUGUAAAUGCUUUAAUUAGCUGUAUUUUACAACCAUUCUGUAAAAUCCAUAUUGAAAACAAAAUUAAAUUAUAGUUAUUAGUUAUACUACCUCUUUUUCCCGUCUUUAUUUUUUUUCUUUUUACAUUUUAUCAUGAUGCAAUAGAUAUUCAAAAUGAUUCGGUUUUUCUUACAGAAUGGUUAUAAAAUUACCACUAUGUGUAGAUUUUGUAAUUUCAAAACUUUUUCUAUUUAAACAAUAGACGGAAUUAGUAAAGGGUUUCUAGUAUGUUAAAGCCAGAAUUUUCCUACUCAACUUGAAAAUCAAUCAGAAAGCAGGCUUUAUUUUCACAAAAAACAUUGAUAUCAUCGUUAAAUUGUGGCUUUUACUAAAACUCAAGUUUUGAAAACUAUAUUUCAAAAUUCUCUAUGGGAUUCAUUAAGUACGGUCGACAAUCCUUGGUCUAGCAUCUACCAAAGCAGAGAAGUUUUACGACCAAUGAAAUAUCUCCACUCAGGUAUACUGAUGUGAUGUCCUCCUAGCUGAUUAUCGUUUACGGCGGCUGUUCUCAUGUAAGGACAUCAGCUAACUGCGCAAGACAUAUUAUAGUGCACGAGCAUUUGCGCAGAUACAGGUGCACUCACUAUUCCUUAGGGAUACUACUAAGUGUUUGAAAACUAAAUUGUAUUGGUUAUUUAAAAUCUUCGCUUUGGUAAAGUCUAAAGUUUAGAUAUUUGGAUGCGCACUAGUUCUUUUAGUAUUAAAAUUUUGUAUUGCGCAGCUAAUAUCCUAACUUCAGGCUAGCCAAGAAACAUCGACCGUACUACAACACUAGAAUAAAUUUUAUCACAAAGACUCUUCUUUGUAUUUUGUUCCUAAACUUGUACUUACGUAUAUGAAUUAUUGUGAAUAAGUGUUACUUAAUAUCUACUUAAAUACCACCAUUGUAUCCGAUACAAAAUACAAAAAUAAAAUUGUUGUAAAUAAUUACAUUUUUUUCUUGCUUCAUCUUUUGAUAAUUUUUGUAUCUGAUACAACGGUGGAAAAAGAAUUGAAAACUCAACAAAAGUUAAUAAAGGUGCGUUUAAUUUUAUUAGAAAAACGUUAAAAUGCAUUUCAUUUUUAAAUAAAUUGGUUAAGUUGAUAUUUAACACAAAUAAGUUGCUUUUUGUCUGUAAAGUGCUGCGUUUUGAUAUCGAUUAUCGAUAAAUGAUAGUCGCAUCACUAGCUUUCAUUUAUCGAUGUCGAUAAUAAUUGAGGCUAACUUAUUUAAAAUGUUAUGGACCAUUGUAUGUGUGGAAUUCCUUUGAAAUAUCUGUUCAUUAAUAUUUUAAAAAUGCUAUAAUUAUUUAUAGUGAUGUUCUAUGGCCUAAUAGAUACUUUUUUCAACAAUAUUCAUGGACAAAUAUUUAAAAGUUGAAUAAAACAAAAGUAACUAUAGAAAAGCAGUUUGUAAGUACGUUCUUAAGUUAUUUUUAAGCGAUUUUUGAUUUUAUUGGUGUUUGCAAAUCAUGUUUGAUGAGAAUGUAAAUAUCGACAAACUGACCGAUUCUCAGUUUUGUAAGAUAUCAAGGAAAUGUGUAAAAAUGUGAUCGCGAUGCGAGCUAUGUGUGAUAAAAUGAAACUUGGACAUACUUUGCUAUAUAUUGUAAUAAAAUAUAAUUCAAAUUCAUAA